AUGAAGAAGGAAGAAGAAGGGGAAGAAGAAGGAAGAAGAAGAAGAGGAAAGAAGAAGAAGGAAGAGGAGGAGGAAGAAGAAGAAGAAGAAGAAGGGGAAGAAGAGGAGGAAGGGGAAGAAGAGGAAGAAGGGGAAGAAGAGGAAGAAGAGGAAGAAGAGGAAGAAGGGGAAGAAGAGGAAGAAGAGGAAGAAAGGGAAGAAGGGGAAGAAGGGGAAGAAGAGGAAGAAGGGGAAGAAGAGGAAGAAGAGGAAGAAGGGGAAGAAGAGGAAGAAGAGGAAGAAGAGAAAGAAGGGGAAGAAGAGGAAGAAGUGAAGAAGAUGAAGGAUGAAGAAGGAAGAGGAAGGGGAAGAAGAAGGAAGAAUAAGAAAGAAAAGGGAAGAAGAGGGAAGAAGAAGAAAGAAGAAGGGGAAGAAGGGGAAGAAGAAGAAGAAGAGGAAGAAGGGGAAGAAGGGGAAGAAGGGGAAGAAGAGGAAGAAGAGGAAGAAGAGAAGGAAGAGAAGAAGGGGAAGAAGGGGAAGAAGAAGAAGAAGGGGAAGAAGGGGAAGAAGAGGAAGAAGGGGAAGAAGGGGAAGAAGAGGAAGAAGAGGAAGAAGAGAAGAAGGGGAAGAAGGGGAAGAAGAGAAGAAGAGAAAGGGGAAGAAGGGGAAGAAGUGAAGAAGAAUGUGUUGUAA